GCGGACGGAGCCUAACGGAAGUUUCUGAGCACAGCCACGGCGUCAGAUUCCUCCGCCGAGCGCGGCGCUGCGUCCCUCGGCUCGGCCCCCAGUCUACUCCAAAUUUCCUCUCUGGCCGCCGCCCGUCUGCUUCAGGCCUCCCGGAUGCUGGUUUUCCGGCCAGUAGUCCCGGAGACGCUGCCUGCCGGCGCUCGGGGAUAAGCCCGGCCUGGACUGUGGAGGCCGGACGCGCCGCCGCCGCGACCCCCGGGAACCGCCCCCGAGCGACACGCACUUCCGGCGGCGCGGACGGAACCCGGCGGGCGGUGAUGGACGCGCUGGCGGUCAUGAUGCAGGACCUCCUGACUCAGAACCGUGCGCUGCGCAGGGAGAACAAAGAGCUCAUGGACCAGGUGCGGCGGCUCCUGUGCGAGAAAGCCAACCUGCUGGCCCAGGUGCGCCCGCCCGCCUGCCCAGUGGCUUUUCCCGAGACGUUCAAAGGUGACUCCGCCCGGCUUCCCGAGUUUUUGAUUCAAGCGGCCUCUUACAUGAGGUUCUUUGAGGCCAGGUUCUCGAACGACACCCUCAAGGUGGCGUUUUUAAUCAGCCGCCUCAGUGGGCCGGCCGAGGAGUGGGUUGUCCCCUACAUCGAGAGGGAGAGCCCCAUCCUGUCGCAUUACGAGGGCUUCGUGGACGCGCUGAAGCGGGCCUUUGGCAGGAACGGGUAGGAAACGGCAGGGCUGCGAGCCCCACGGACCGGGUCGUGCUUGGCCGUGACUCACAAAGAGUUCUCCAGUCCCCACCUGCUGGGCCCGACCCUUGCGAGGAAGCCCCGCUACCUUUGCACUCGGCCCAGCAACGCGGCCACUGGCGGGGGACCUGUUAGCAAUUGAACGGACCACCCCGAAUCGCGCCCCUGCCACCUGCCGUCUCUGAAAACUGCUGCUGCCCGCCUUGGACGAUCUGUGCCAGCCUGGGAAGUGCCUGAGCUUGUGUCACACGCCCGGGGACACCGAUUUGGAGACCUCAGGUCCGGAGACAGCUGCCAGGGUUCGCGUGGCUGGCAGAUAAAUAUUGACACUCCUGCCCCAGGAACUUUUUUUUCCCACAUACUUCGUUUCUGUUCUGAAACCACAACAGGCUCAGAGACUGUGCCUUUUAUCAGAAAAGUCCAGGCGCUGAACAAUACAUGGAAAACAUAUUUACUUUUAAAAUGUAAAUAUGUAUCUUACAGCACCAUAUGUUGGGGACUGUACUUGGGGUUACCAGAGAAACAGAUGAAUAAGACCAAAUGUAUAUCUCCACAGGAACACAACUGUGAGAAAAAAUUCUAAGUGCAUAUUCUGAUGUCUGGUAAAAUAAUGCUUUCAUGUGCAGAGAAUGGCAUAUUUGCUUCUUUUAUGGCCUUUUCACAUUACAGUUUUAAAAUACAUGUUAAAAACGUGCAGCUUACAAAGGAGGCAGAAAACCCAACUUGAGCAAUUUCUUUGUUUGCUCCUGAAUCUGGCAAAGAUGGUGUUUUUAAAGAUGGGUGCAGGGCUUCCCUGGUGGCGCAGUGGUUGAGAGACCACCUGCCGAUGCAGGGAACACGGGUUCGUGCCCCGGCCCGGGAGGAUCCCACAUGCCGCGGAGUGGCUGGGCCCGUGAGCCAUGGCCGCUGAGCCUGCGCGUCCGGAGCCUGUGCUCCGCAACGGGGGAGGCCACAACAGUGAGAGGCCCGCGUACCGCAAAAUAAAUAAAGAUGGGUGCAACUUGUAGCAAAAAGAAGGGGGGGCAGGGAAUGGUGCAUUCUUCGAGCUGUAUCCACUCACCUUUAUUCCCCUGUAUUAAAUGACUUGGCUGCUUCCUUUUUUGUAAAUUACAGUUUUGGCCUCAGUUUUUCUUUUGUAAUUAAAGGCAUUACUUGAUCAUUAAAA